AUGAGCGCUCGAGCCAAAGGGCAAGGUGACCUUGAGACCAUCGAGCUUCGCCAUGCAAGCGGAGCAACGGCCCAGAUUUACUUGUGGGGUGCCACGCUUACCAGCUACAAAACCGCAGAUGGCACAGAGAGAAUAUUCGUGUCACCUGGAGCGCUUUUUGACGGCAAGAAGGCCAUACGAGGUGGAGUACCGGUUGUCUUUCCACAGUUUGGACAACCAGAUAAGGCUAUGGCGCAGCACGGAUUCGCACGAACCAGCUUCUGGUCGGUGGCCUCGAUAGAGGACAGUCCGGAAGCAUCGACUGUGGUGCUCGCACUUGCCGACAGCGAGGCAACGAGGUCUGUUUGGAACUUUCCGUUUAACUUGGAGUACGUCGUAAGUCUUUCGGCUGUGUCGUUGAAGAUGGCGCUGAGAAUAAAAAACACCGGGGACGUCGCCUUUCCCUUCCAGGCGUUGUUGCACACUUACUUUCGGGUGCCCGAAGUUCAGAAGGUGGCAGUGCGAGGCCUAGGAGGCCGAACGUACCUGGACAAGGUGAAAGGUGGCGAAAAGGCACUGGAAGCUGCAGACGUGGAGCUCCCGUCUUUCACUGACCGCGUCUACACUGGCGGCAAGGACACGGCCAGCGGAAACGAUGCCAAGGAUGUAACUAUUGUCCAGCGAGGUGGUGCUGCGAUGUAUGCAGUGUGCAACGAAGGCAGCAUUUCUGGAAAGCUGAUGCCCAUCGAGAUCGUUGUGUGGAAUCCCUAUGAGGAGGCUUCGCCAGGCGAUUUACCACCUCCGGCUUUCAAGGAUUUUGUUUGCGUGGAGCCUGGCCUCAUCGGAACUGCCGGCCAAAGCAGAAGCAUGCUUGUCACAGAAGAUCAUCCCAAUGCCGUGAGCUGCGGGGCGAAGUUCAUCGCCACGCCGGGCCUGAACUCCGAGGUGCUGCGCUGGUGCCUUGCAAGGAAGAUUCCGGUGAUCCCAGGCGUGGCGACACCCUCCGAAGUGCAGGAGGCCAGCAGGAUGGGGCUGACCAUUCUGAAGUUCUUUCCUGCCGAGGUUAAUGGUGGCAUGGAAGGCUUGAAGGCGAUCUGCGCACCUUUUCCCCACCUCAGCUUCUACCCGUCUGGGGGGGUUACCGAGAAGAACCUCCAGGCCUACCUUUCGCUGAAGCAGGUCAUCGCCGUCGGUGGCAGCUGGAUGGUACCUCAGGAUGCAAUUUCUGGUGGUGAUCCAGAACUCCUGAAGACCUUGGCCUUCAGCACCCUCCAGGUGGCCCGGAGCGUUGGCCAAGCAAGCGAUGGCAAGGUUGCAACCGCAUCGAUUGAUCAUACGGCCCGACUCUGGUCAAUCGAUACAGGCGAUUGCUUGAUGACGUUCAGCGGACAUGCAGAUCAGGUCAUGUGUGUUUCAUUUUCCCCGGAUGGCGAGUUGCUUGCGACGGCUUCCACGGACAAGACCGCCAAGCUUUGGCUCCAAACUGGACAGUGCAUUGUCACUUGUGUAGGACACUCUGGGCCUGUCUACACGGCCUUCUUCUCUCCUGAUGGAUGUAACCUCUUGACAUCAUCACAUGAUCGGACGGUGAAGAUCUGGGACACAACGAGUGGUCUCCUGACGGCAACCCUAUCAAAGUUCGAGCGCAGCAUUCACAGCGCUGUGUACUCACCAGAUGGGCAGCUGAUAGCCACGGCAAUCGAUGACCCCGAAGUGUCCAUCUGGAGUGCGAAGACCUUGGAGCGAGUCAAAGUCUUGUCCGGCCACGACAUGAAGGUCUUUAGCGUACAGUUUUCCCAUGACGGAAACCUGUUGCUCACGGCGUCAAUGGAUCAGUCGGCCAGGAUAACUGAUGUUCAUACCGGUCAGACCAAACUAGUCAUCACAGGUCAUGAUGAUUGGUUGCGGUGCGCCGCAUUCUCACCUGACAGCCUCAAGGUUGUGACGGCUUCUGGCGACGGGAUGGCCAAGACCUGGAGUGCUGUCACCGGUCGCCCAUUGCUUUCCCUCGCCGGCCACGAAGACUGGUUACGUAUGGCUGCUUUCUCUACUGAUGGACGCUGUGUCGUGACGGCUUCCAAAGAUGGCAGUGCGAGGGUAUGGCGGUCGGACAAUGGGGAAUGCCUGAGAAAGCUGGAUGGCCACAAAGCCUGGGUCCGAUGGGCUGCGUUUGCUCCGAACAGACAUCAGCGUCCAAUCGGUCCAAUGUCCAUCGGCGAGUUCGGCUAA